GCCGAGGGCGCGUGGUGGCUCUGGAGACGAGGUGCGGAGCGCGGCCGGGACCCGCGCUACGGUAGAGCGCCAAGGGUGUGCAGCCCGGAGCAGAGAGCCCUCGGCGGCCGCCGGCCGGAGUCCCCCGUCCUCCGCCUCUGGCGUGUGUGGACCGCGUCCUGGCCCCGAGUCUAUCGAGGAAAAAUGAAGUUAAGCCGCCGGUUCACCGUGUUCGGCAGCGCGAUCUUCUGCGUAGUGAUUUUCUCACUGUACCUGAUGCUGGACAGGGGUCACUUGGAUUACCCUCGCGGCCCGCGCCAGGAGGGUUCCUUCCCGCAGGGCCAGCUUUCGAUACUGCAGGAGAAAAUAGACCAUUUGGAGCGUUUGCUAGCUGAAAACAACGAGAUCAUCUCCAACAUCCGCGACUCCGUCAUCAACCUGAGCGAGUCUGUGGAAGAUGGCCCCAAAGGCUCACUGGGCAAUGGCAGCCAGGGCUCGGCACGCCUUUCUCCACAGUCCGCCCUUCAGGCUGACCCCAAAGACUGCUUGUUCUCCUCACAGAGCGGAAGUCAGCAUCCGGAUGUGCAGAUGCUGGAUGUUUAUGAUCUGAUCCCUUUUGAUAACCCAGAUGGUGGGGUUUGGAAGCAAGGAUUUGACAUUAAGUAUGAGUCUGACGAGUGGGACACUGAGCCCCUUCAAGUUUUUGUGGUGCCUCAUUCCCACAAUGACCCAGGUUGGUUGAAGACUUUCAAUGACUACUUUAGAGACAAGACUCAGCAUAUUUUUAAUAACAUGGUCCUAAAGCUGAAAGAAGACUCAAGCAGGAAGUUUAUGUGGUCUGAGAUCUCUUACCUUUCAAAAUGGUGGGAUAUUAUAGAUAUUCCGAAGAAGGAAGCUGUUAAAAGUUUACUGCAGAGUGGUCAGCUGGAGAUUGUGACAGGUGGCUGGGUUAUGCCUGAUGAAGCCACUGCACAUUAUUUUGCCUUAAUUGACCAACUAAUUGAAGGGCAUCAAUGGCUGGAAAAAAAUCUAGGAGUGAAACCUCGAUCAAGUUGGGCCAUCGAUCCCUUUGGAUAUUCACCCACAAUGGCUUAUCUUCUGAAGCUCGCUGGGUUUUCUCACAUGCUCAUCCAGAGAGUCCACUACUCAGUGAAAAAACACUUCUCUUUGCAGAAAUCUCUGGAGUUUUUCUGGAGGCAGAAUUGGGAUCUUGGCUCUGUCACGGAUAUUUUGUGUCACAUGAUGCCCUUCUACAGCUAUGACAUCCCUCACACCUGUGGACCAGACCCUAAAAUAUGCUGCCAGUUUGAUUUUAAACGGCUUCCCGGAGGCAGAUAUGGUUGUCCCUGGGGAGUCCCACCAGAAGCAAUAUCUCCUGGAAAUGUCCAAAGCAGGGCUCAAAUGCUGCUAGAUCAGUACCGGAAGAAGUCAAAACUGUUCCGUACUAAAGUUCUCCUAGCUCCUCUAGGAGACGACUUCCGGUACAGUGAGUACACGGAGUGGGAUCUGCAGUACAGGAAUUACGAGCAGCUGUUUAAUUACAUGAAUUCCCAACCCCAUCUUAAAGUGAAGAUUCAGUUUGGAACUUUAUCUGAUUAUUUCGAUGCAUUGGAAAAAGCAGGGGCAGCGGAGAAGAGUGGCCAGUCCCUGUUCCCCGUCCUGAGUGGAGACUUCUUCACUUACGCCGACCGAGACGACCACUAUUGGAGUGGGUACUUCACUUCCAGACCAUUCUACAAACGGAUGGAUAGAAUCAUGGAAUCUCGCUUGAGGGCUGCUGAAAUUCUUUACUAUUUGGCCUUGAAGGAAGCUCAGAAAUACAAGAUAAGUAAGUUCCUCGCAUCACCCCACUACACAACACUGACAGAAGCCAGAAGGAACUUAGGACUCUUUCAGCAUCAUGAUGCCAUCACAGGAACCUCGAAAGAUUGGGUGGUUGUGGAUUAUGGUACCAGACUCUUUCAGUCAUUAAAUGUUUUGGAGAAGAUAAUUGGAGACUCUGCAUUUCUUCUCAUUUUAAAGGACAAGAAGAUGUAUCAGUCCCAGACUUCCGACACCUUCUUAGAGAUGGAUAUGAAGCAAAGUUCACAAGAUUCUCUGCCAAAAAAAACCAUAAUACAGCUGAGUGCAAAGGAGCCAAGGUACCUCGUGGUCUACAACCCCUUUGAACAGGAACGGCACUCGGUGGUGUCCAUCUGUGUGAACUCGGCCACAGUGCGAGUGAUGUCUGACUCAGGAAAACCUGUGGAGGUUCAAGUCAGUGCAGUCUGGAGUGAUGCGAGAACGAUUUCACAGUCAGCCUACGAGGUUUCUUUUCUAGCUCAUACACCACCACUGGGAAUGAAAGUGUAUAAGAUCUUAGACUCUCAGAGUUCAAGUUCACACAAGGCUGAUUACUUCCUGUACAAUGAUGGAGUAGCAGAAAAUGGAGUAUUUCACAUGAAGAACAUUGUAGAUCCGGGGGAUGCCAUAACCAUAGAGAAUGCCUUCCUUGAACUCUGGUUUGACCGAUCUGGGCUUAUGGAGAAAGUAAGAAUGAAAGAAGAUGGCAAGCAACAGGAAAUAAAGGUGCAGUUUCUAUGGUACGGGACCACAAAUAAAAGGGACAAAAGUGGCGCCUAUCUCUUCCUGCCUGAUGGGCAGGGCCAGCCGUAUGUUUCCCUACGACCGCCCUUUGUCAGAGUGACCCGCGGGAGGGUCUAUUCAGACGUGACCUGCUUCUUUGAACAUGUGACUCAUAAAGUGCGACUGUACAACAUUCAGGGAAUAGAAGGACAGUCAAUGGAAGUUUCUAAUAUUGUGGACAUUCGGAAUGUGCAUAACCGUGAGAUUGCUAUGAGAAUUUCAUCUAAAAUAAACAGCCAAAAUAGAUUUUAUACCGACCUAAAUGGAUACCAGAUUCAACCUAGAAGGACAAUGGCCAAAUUGCCUCUUCAAGCCAAUGUUUACCCGAUGAGCACGAUGGCAUACAUCCAGGAUGCGGAGCUCCGGCUCACAAUGCUAGCAGCGCAGUCGCUGGGCACGUCCAGCUUGGCUUCUGGUCAAAUUGAAGUCUUCAUGGAUCGAAGACUCAUGCAAGAUGAUAACCGUGGCCUUGGGCAAGGCGUACAUGAUAAUAAGAUUACAGCUAAUUUGUUUCGAAUCCUGCUGGAGAAGAGGAAUGGGGUGAACAUGGAGGAAGACCAGAAGAGUCCAGUCAGUUACCCAUCCCUCCUCAGCCACUUGACGUCAUCCUUCCUCAACCAUCCAUUCCUGCCCCUGAUACUGAAUGUCCAGCUCUCGUCACCUGCUGUCGAGCUGCUGAAUGAAUUGCCUCUGCUCCAGUCAUCUUUACCAUGUGACAUCCAUCUGGUCAAUCUGCGCACAAUACAGUCGAAGAUGGGCAAAGGCUACUCAGAUGAGGCAGCCUUGAUCCUCCACAGGAAAGGGUUUGAUUGCCACUUCUCCAGUAGAGGCAUGGGUCUGUACUGCUCUACCACUCAGGGAAAGAUGUCAGUCACAAAACUUUUUAACAAGUUUGCUGUGGAGAGCCUCAUCCCUUCCUCACUGUCCUUGAUGCACUCACCUCCGGAUGCCCAGAAUCUGAGCGAAGUCAACCUGAGUCCCAUGGAAAUCAGCACGUUCCGAAUCCGCUUGCGGUGAACCUGUCACAUUUGGCUUCCUUACCUCCUUGGUUUUUACGUGCAAUAACUAAGCACAUUACUUUAGCAUCUGGCUACUGUGAGAACAUGAAUUCUGUGAUUUGGUUUUUUUUGUUUUGUUUUGUUUUGUUUUAAACCAGUCUAAUAAGAAAAGAAGAAAAAGCCAUGCUUUCAAAAAGGUUUCUUUUUCUAAGUUUGUCCCACACAGCACCGCUGUCAGUGUGAAGCGACGAAAGAAAACGAAGCUGCAGAAGCGUCGAAGGACAACCCUCAACAGACCGCGUCUCAGGUUAAAUGCCAACUAAUUACGUUUGCAUUGAGGGCCGCAAAGAGAGUCUUAAGAAUAUCCAUUUUUAUGAUCAUUAGUUUUAUAUAUACAUAUAAAAAAAAUACCCCUUUGACCUAAAUGGAAAGGAAAAAAAAAAAAAUACAGAAGUUGGUGGGGAAUAGUUUAAUAGCCAAAAUAGUUGUAAUCAUUGAUCAUUGCUACAAAUGUAUAAUUUUGUGUGUGUUUCAAAUAUGUGGAAAAGUGCAAUCCCUAGACCCUUAUGGUAAAUGCAGUUGAUUUUCACACUCUUUCCCAAUGAAGCUCGUGACUACCCUUUGCUACCCAUACCUUUAAAAUGAUAACUGAUUUUUGUAGUCAUUCACCAGUAGAAAAAGAGGCAUAUUUUCAUUACUUGACAAUGUGGGAUAGGGUGCAAUUUACUCCGUUGUCACCGACACAGAAGAAGCAAUUCCAUUUUAGGUACCACAAGGUGUCUUUUUACACAGCCCAUUUGAAUACAGGUGUUCCAAGGUGGGGUUUUCUAUUUUUAAAUUACCAUAUCAAAAUAAAUGUGCCUUAUUUUUUUAUAAGUCUUGUUAAAUCUUUUGGUGUCCACAUUACUGUUUGGGGAGGGGAGGGGUGCGGGGGGCCUGGGGCAGGGGGUGGGUACUUUCUAGGACACGUAAAUUACGUAAUUUUAGCUUGAUAAUGCUGGCCACAUUCUGAUCUGUCUCAUUAAAUUUGUGGUGGUGUUACUCUAAACAUUUUGACUAUUUGAAUGUACUGAGAUGUCAGAAAACAAAACAAGGAAGAAAAAUAUUGUUAAUUAAAAUAUGCUGCUGCCAAGGAAACUGCAACUUGAAGCAAGGAUUUUGUAACACACGAGAUCCAAAUACUGUUUGCAUUUCACAGUAGUUAACCAUAUUAAAGAGAGAAUGCUUUAAAACAGACUGUUUUAAAAUCCAUGCGUGUAGCUCAUCUUGAUGUCUCUUACUAAAGAACAUGUUCCAAACUUCUGUGUGUGGUGAACUCAGAGUGUUAUUCUAGCCUGUGUACCAUCACAGGACUUCUAAGUUAGAGAUCAUUGUUUCUUUAGUAUAAUAAUAGUAUUUCAUGUCUGGCUAGAAAUGACUUCUCUGGCUGUGUACACUUCUGAAAAGAAUCUCUUCAGUGCCGUAACCUGGUUUAGUAUUAUCUGACUUUAAACUUCCGUCUGCCUCUUGUCAUUCCAAUACGUUACAGAGAAAACUCAUUUCUGCCUCGCCAUUUAUUCGGAUAGUCAUCUGACUUUCCGCUCAAGACGCAGCUCCUGCAUCCACUGUUCAGUUCUGCUCACAGGCUCCUUUGCCUGUAACCAUCAAGGAAACAGUGCCAGAGUUCAUGACAGUACUGCAAGGGUAUAACUUCGUGCAAUAAGAAUAUGAUGUACAUUCCCUUCUCAUUUGUUGGGGAAAACACAACAAAAUGACUUCCUUCUGUAAGACCUCUACAGACAUUGGCUAGGAUAGCCAGGAGCCAAUCCUAGGAAUGUGAUGAGUGUUCUUGUUGUAUCUCAAGGGUACACCUCCCCGUGGGUGUUCACUGUUCACCGUGUACUGUAGUGUAAGUGACUGUACUUAGCCACUACAGACAGUCUAGUGAGAUGAAAUGGAAUCUGAUGCAAUAAAAACGGCUCUGCCCUGUGUUAGUGGGGCUCUUACUCAGUGUGUGUUGCCACCAGCUAUUUACUCACAGGUGAAGCAGAGAUUCUAUUUUACCAGCAAGUUUCUGCUUUUUAAAGUUAUUUUCAGAAUGCAACAUCAGGGAAAUGAAGAGAGGGUUUUUUGCUUCGGGCUAUGGUCAAGAACUAACUAAAUAAUCCGGUUUCUGUGGCACACAAGAGGAGCCAGCCACACGUCAGUCAUUCAGUUAGAUUUCAUUGCGUGCAUUGUCACAAAUGUUCAGCGGACCAAGUCAUUGCUUCUCUGCUCUCCCCGCCCCCCCCACACUUCUUGAAAUUUUAAUUUUGUUUAUUAGGUGCAUUGUUCAAAUAUCAGUGAUCUCGUUUUUCCAAAAGAUAGGGAUUUAAGUAAACUUCUGUAAGAUGUUAUGUUAUAAAUCAUUGUAAUUCUCUGCCUGUGUCUUUGUCCUUGUGCCGAAAUGUCUUCACAGACCUUUGUCGACAAGAUAAUGUCUGCUCUCAUUCUGCUUAUUUUGCUCAUUGAAAUCAACAGGUUUUGAUAUUUUUCUCUUGGAAGAUUUUUAUAACUUUUUGGGAAUAUGUAAUAUAAGAUCUCUAAUAAAAUAUAAUCUUAUCCUG